AUGGCCGCAGAUCGCCUCAGCUCCAUCCUGAGCCACCUCAAGGGCUCAGGAAGCGGACUCAACGCUAUUACCCAGAAGAACCCCGACGAUAUCGUCAUCACACUCUCUCUGCGGACACCCUUGACCAAGGCUCGUAAGGGUGGAUUCAAGGACACUGAGUUGGACUACAUGGUAUAUGCGCUCCUCAAGGAGACUCUUUCCCGGUCCAAGAUCGACCCUGCUCUGAUUGAGGACGUGUGCCUCGGCAAUGUCAACGAGGCCAAGGCCGCUUAUAUGGUCCGCGCUGCGUCGCUGGCUGCUGGUAUCCCUCACACUGCCGGUGCCUCAUCAGUGAACCGCUUCUGCUCUUCCGGUCUCAAGGCCGUACAGGAUAUCGCCAACCAGAUUUCCAUGGGCUCGAUUGAUAUUGGUAUCGCCAUGGGUGCUGAGCUCAUGUCCGGGGCUGGCGACCGUCUUGACGCGCCCUUCAAUGAGGAAAUUCUCCGCACCCAGGAGGCCGCCGACUGUAUGCAGCCCAUGGGUCAGACCUCUGAGAACGUUGGCAAGGAUUUUGGCAUCACUCGUGAGCAACAAGACAAGUACGCCGCGGAGUCCUUCCGUCGCGCCGAGGCCGCCCAAAAGGCUGGUUGGUUCGAUGAUGAGAUCGCUCCCAUCUCCACCAAGGUCAAAGACCCCAAGACCGGCGAGGUGCACCAGGUCACCUUGACUCGGGAUGACGGUAUCCGGCCCGGAACCACCUUUGAGUCUCUGUCCAAGAUUCGCCCGGCUUUCCCUCAAUUUGGUGAUCGGUCUACGGGUGGAAACUCGAGUCAGGUUACCGAUGGUGCCGCCGCUGUGCUCCUAAUGAAACGCUCCAAGGCCAUUGAGCUCAACCAGCCCAUUCUGGCCAAAUUCUGCGGUGCCACUGUCGCCGGUGUGCCUCCCCGCGUCAUGGGUAUCGGUCCAACUGCUGCCAUCCCCAAGCUGUUGAGCAAGUUCAACCUCGAUAAGAACGACAUUGACAUUUACGAGAUCAACGAAGCCUUUGCCUCAAUGGCCGUCUACUGUAUCGAGAAUCUGGGUCUGGAUCAUGCCAAGGUCAACCCGCGCGGUGGUGCUAUUGCCUUGGGUCACCCGCUCGGUGCCACUGGUGCUCGUCAGAUUGCUACUGUUUUGAGCGAGGCUCGCCGAACGAAGAAGAAGAUUCUGGUGACUAGUAUGUGCAUUGGUACAGGCCAGGGUAUGGCUGGUCUGUUUGUCAACGAGCAGGUCUGA